GAACAAUCACUUUGGAAAAUUUGGAAAAUUUGGAAUAUCAAUUAGAAUUACUACCCUCUCUCUAUUCCCCACUCCUCUUUCUCUCUCUCUAUAAAACCUUCAACUCAUCAACGAUGGCUUCUUGAAAGCCCCGCCGUCGCCGUCGCCGUCGCCGUCGUCUCCGCCUCCGCCUCCGCCUCCGCCUCCGCCGCAAUCUUCUGGUCUCAGUUUCCAUGGCAGGGAAUCGGGCUCAAGUCAAUAAACCCCAUAAAUCGCGCUUCUCAACCAAGGCAACGAGACAACAACACAAAACCUCUUUAAAAGUGUUUGGGCUAUCAGAUAAAUGCAAAGUUACGAAGAAUAGUGUUGCUAAGGGAGCUCGGGCCGCUCGUCAUCAGCGUAGUAAGAUGAUUCGGGAGCAGAAAAGGACAGCCGUUUUGCAGGAUAAAAGGGCAUUAAGUGGAUCAAGGAGUCCUCCCAGAGUUAUAGUUCUUUUUGCGCUCUCCGCCUCGGUAGACCUAAAUCCUCUUGCUGAGGAUCUUUUGUCACUACUAUCUCCCGGAGCUUCUUCAUCAACAGUUGCUUCUUCAGAGUACAAACUACGGGCAACAGUACUGAAAGCACCCUAUGGUGAUUUGCAAUCAUGUAUGGAGAUGGCUAAGGUAGCUGACCUAAUUGCUUUCGUGGCCUCUGCGAGCUAUUAUAUUGAAGGAAGCACAUCUCUCUACAUUGAUUCAUUUGGAAGUGAAUGCCUUUCCCUAUUAAGAUCUCUGGGCUUACCAAGUACCGUGGUCCUUGUUCGAGACCUACCCACUGAUAUAAAGAAAAGGAAUGACUUCAAAAAAAUGUGUAUUUCUAGCAUUGCUUCUGAAUUUCCAGAGGAUUGUAAGUUUCAUCCGGCAGAUACUAAAGAUGAGUUACACAAGUUUAUGUGGCUUUUUAAGGAGCAAAGGCUCACUGUUCCUCAUUGGAGAAAUCAAAGGCCUUAUUUGAUGUCUCAAAAGGUUGAUGUGGUAGCCGAUAAUUGUACUCCAGGAAAAUGUACUCUUCUUCUCACUGGUUAUUUACGUUCUCGGUGUCUCUCUGUGAAUCAGCUGGUUCAUGUCGCUGGAGCAGGAGAUUUCCAGCUUUGCAAAAUUGAAGUUCUCAAGGAUCCAGUUCCGUUGAAUCCAAGAAUAGAACAAGAUGCCAUGGAUACUAAUGACAUGGAGGUUGUUCGCUCAUUGGAUCCGUCAGAGCAAGAGCCAUUGGUUGUUGAAAACGAUCCUGAUCCUCUGUCUGGUGAACAGACUUGGCCAACUGAGGCAGACAGGGCUGAGGCGGAUAGAAAUAAGAAAGAAAAGCGUUUGAGGAGAACUGCACUUGCUGAUGGCACUUCUGAUUAUCAGGAUGCUUGGAGAAUUGGUGAGACAGAUGAUGAGGAUUCUGAUGUUGACAAUGACUCUGAUGGUAUGAUGUUGGACGGAGAAGGUUAUCCAAAUGUAGAGGAUGACCUUAAUAAUCCGGGCAUCAGUGAUGAUGAUCAAGCUUCUUUGGAGUUAAAUUCUGAUCAGGAGACCGAUAUGGCUUCUGUGAUGAUGGAUUGUGAAGACUUGACCAACGAACAAAAAUUGGAGGAGAUUCAAAAGAUUAAAAAUGCUCAUGCUGAAGAUGAAGAAUUCCCAGAUGAAGUGGAUACGCCUAUGGACAUUCCUGCCAGAAAGCGCUUUGCAAAGUAUAGAGGUCUCAAAUCCUUUAGGACAUCCUCGUGGGAUCCCCAAGAAAGUUUGCCUCAAGAAUAUGCUAGAAUUUUUGAAUUCAAUAACAUCUCCAGGACGCAAAAGCACGUUCUUGCUAAAGCUUUAGAAAUAGAGCAAGGAAACAGAGAUGAUUGUGUGGCACCAUGCUCCUAUUUAAGACUGCAUGUUAAAGAAGUGCCUGUUGCUGUGGCUUCGAAAUUGUGCGAGUUAGCCAAGGCAAUGCCUGUUACAGCUUGUGGACUUCUGCAGCAUGAGUCCAAGAUGUCUGUCCUCCAUUUCAGCAUCAAGCGGCAUGAUGCAUCUGAAGAGACCUCCAAUAAAGUUGGAACAGUUCAAAACACCAAGAAACAUGAUAAAAAUUCCCCUCCCCUUAAGGGAAAAGAAAAAUUGGUGUUUCACGUUGGGUUUCGCCAAUUUGUUACCAAGCCAAUAUUUUCAACUGACAACUUUAAUUCAGACAAGCACAAGAUGGAGAGAUUUCUUCAUGCUGGAAGAUUCUCUAUUGCUUCAAUAUAUGCUCCUAUAUCUUUUGCUCCCCUUCCUUUAAUAGUUCUUAGGACCGUUGAAGGAGUUUCUUCAUUUGCUGCUUCUGGUUCGUUAAAGAGCAUUGACCCCAGACGGAUAAUCCUGAAGAAGAUUAUUUUAUCUGGUUACCCUCAACGAGUAUCGAAACUAAAAGCUACUGUGAGAUACAUGUUCCAUAAUCCUGAUGACGUGAGAUGGUUCAAGCCUGUGGAUGUGUGGACGAAGUGUGGAAGACGCGGUCGCAUCAAGGAACCUGUCGGUACACACGGAGCUAUGAAGUGUGUUCUCAAUGGAGUUUUACAGCAACAUGACACCGUUUGCAUGAGCUUGUACAAGCGUGUUUUUCCCAAAUGGCCGGAGCAUCUCUUCCCUCUUCUUGAUGCUUGAUUUUUUUUAGUCAGAUUGAAGUUUUGGUAGAUGUUUCUUUCUGGCUCUCCCCGUUAUUUUUUUUACCAUACUAUUAUGUAAUAUUCAACAGGGAGGAAGAAUUUUGAUUCUAGAGUCUCAAAAAACCAGAGUUUCAGUCCCCAUUUUCACGUGAUUUCGAUGUUAUUGCAAUCUCAAUCUUUGUGUAAAUUUUUAUUAACUUUUUAGAUUCUAAAAACUACAGGAAGGUUGGUUCUUGAGAACUAUUUUCGAGCCUCAGCAAUGCAGUUAAAUGAUUUGUGCCCA